AUGGAGAAUGAAGAUGGCUAUAUGAUACUGGAUUUCAAGAAUCGUUUCAAACCCAAACAGAAAUCUAAUGAUUUCUCAUGGUAUAUACAAUAUUACUAUCUUAUGGCUGUAUUUGUAUGUAUUGGAAUCCUUAUUUUCGUGAUGAGCACAAUUGGAUUCAACUUUUGGAAUAAAAAAGUGGAUUUCCCCCAGAAUAUAAAUACCAGCCAUCUACCAGAAAAUAAAUCUACAUGCCCACAUGACUGGCAGUUGAACCAAGGGAAAUGCUACAGGUUCCUCACUUCUUCCAAAACUUGGAAUGAGAGUCAACACCAUUGUAUAAAGUUACAAGCUCAUUUGCUGGUGAUUCAAAGUUUGAAAGAGCUGGCAUUCAUACAGAUGAAUUUAAAGCUUGGACAACCUGGUUGGAUAGGACUAUAUUUUAUUACAUCUGAAGGCAACCAAUGGAUGUGGAUAGAUAAACAUCCUUUUGUGGAGCAAACUAAUUUUUUGGUGAUUGGACCAAUGGACAACAUGAGCUGUGCUGUCAUAACAGGAAAGCAGAUAUAUUCUGAAGACUGUAAUGCCAAAUUUAAUGCCAUUUGCCAGAGAGAUGCUGUCUAA